UCCGGAUUAUUCACUGCCGGGCGGAGAUGAUCAUGAGCUCUUUGCGUGGUCAACUAAAAUAGAUUUUGUAAUAUUUAUACGUAUUGUGACGUGUUAUCAAGGCAAACGAACUUUACACAUCCAUCGCUGAGUUAAACAAUAUAUUUUUUGUUUAAAAAGACGUUGUUAAUUACCGAAAAUCAUUGUAAUGUUUAAAUCCUUGUUGAGCUCUUUAUUAACGCAGGCCAGUUGUCAAGAGGUGGGGGGCUGGUUAUUUAAAAAGGGCUGACACAGACAAGCUCCAUGAAAUAUUUCUGAGUUACGCCACAGUCGAGAAAAAUGGAGAAAGGCACAUCACUAGCGAGGACUUUGUGCGCAAAUUCCUUGGACUGUUCCCUGAAGAUGACUACAACAAGCAGUCAGUUGAGCUUAUCGCCGGCAUCGUGGACAUGGACAAAGAUGGCUUCAUAUCAUUCUCCGAGUUCCAAGCGUUUGAGGGUCUGCUGUGUGUGCCUGACGCGUUGUACAAGACUGCGUUCCAGCUCUUCGAUACUAACGGAAAUGGUCUCGUCGCAUUCGACGAGUUCGCUGAAGUCAUGCGCAAGACGGUCCUCCACAAGAAGUUGCCGUUCAACAUGGAGAGCACGUUCGUCAGACUGUACUUCGGCAAGGAUAAAAAGCGGCUAGUCACAUAUCAGGAAUUCAGCCAAUUCCUCCACGACUUCCACGAGGAGUACGGAGUGGAGGCUUUCAAGAACAAAGACAAAGAUGGCACCGGCUUUAUCAGCGCCGGAGACUUCCGCGACAUCAUGCUGUCGAUCAAGAACCAUCUGUUGACCAAGGAGCUCAAGAACAAAGUCAUAAGUGCAUCAGGUUUCCCACAAGGCGAGCGUAAAAUCAGUUUCCCUUACUACAUGGCCUUUAUCUCACUACUCAACAACAUGGAAUUGAUAAAACGAGUGUACCUCAACGCGACCAACGGUCAUCGAACCCAGGAAGUGACGAAGGAGGAGUUCCUUCACUCAGCGCAGAUGAUGAGCCAGAUCACUCCGCUUGAGGUCGAAAUUCUGUUUACACUGUGCGAAAUGCUACAUCAUACUAACGGCCGGAUCAUCUACAAUGAUCUCAACUCGAUCACGCCUGAGCAGUACUUCAAACAAGUCACAAGACGAGUCGCCGAAAUCAAAGCGGUCUCGAGUCCGGAAGAAAGAGGUGUCCUCAUUCAGAUAUUGGAAAGCACAUACAGAUUUACCCUCGGUUCUAUCGCUGGUGCCGUGGGUGCGUCUGCAGUAUACCCCAUAGAUUUAGUCAAAACCCGAAUGCAGAACCAACGAACGGGCUCGUUCAUCGGGGAAGUGGCAUACAGAAACUCCAUGGACUGCUUCAAGAAGGUUAUAAGGCACGAGGGAGUGUUCGGGUUGUAUAGGGGACUAGUUCCACAACUUAUUGGCGUAGCACCUGAGAAGGCUAUCAAACUUACGGUUAAUGAUUUAGUGCGAGACAAACUGAUGGACAAGAAUGGUAACAUCAGUAUUUGGGCAGAAGUGUUGGCCGGUGCGUGUGCCGGCGGAUCCCAAGUAGUGUUCACGAAUCCGUUGGAAAUCGUCAAAAUCCGUCUCCAAGUGGCCGGAGAGAUCGCGGGCGCCAGCAAAGUCAGGGCGUGGUCCGUUGUGAAGGAUUUAGGGCUGUUUGGCCUUUACAAAGGCGCGAAGGCAUGUUUACUGAGAGAUGUGCCUUUUAGCGCUAUUUACUUCCCUGCGUACGCGCAUGUUAAGGCGAAGUUCGCCGACGAGAACGGCUACAACCACCCGCUGUCGCUGCUGGCGGCGGGCGCGGCGGCCGGCGUGCCCGCCGCGUCGCUCGUGACGCCGGCUGACGUCAUCAAGACCCGGCUGCAGGUGGUGGCGAGGACGGGCCAAACUACCUACAACGGUGUCAUCGACGCCACGAAAAAAAUUUACGCGGAAGAAGGCGCGAGAGCUUUCUGGAAGGGCGCUUUAGCGCGCGUGUUCCGCUCCUCGCCACAGUUCGGUGUUACGUUAGUCACAUAUGAAAUUCUGCAGCGUCUGUUCUACGUCGACUUCGGUGGAUCCCGGCCCACUGGAUCCGAGUUGCACGUAGCGACGCCGAUCGAAGAGCAGAAGAAGAAGGCGGACCACAUCGGCGGCUACCAGGUGGCAAUGCCGGUUCUAACCGGUUUGGAGACUAAAUUCGGCAUCAGUCUGCCCAGGUUCUCAUUCGCUAAGCCUGCACAAUAAUAUAGGUAAUGUACAGUGUUUUAUGAAACGUAUACGGCAAAAAAAAUUUUUUUAACCCUUCGAUCCCGGAGAUAAUAAAAAUAAUUCAACAUAGGAUCGCGUCAGAUCGGGCCGCGCGGGAAUUGAUAGGUUAAACCAGAAACUAGUGUCUGACUUAAAACUGUUGGGAUUUUUGGGCGAAACAAAACUUAUGUGGCUUAUUCGUUAACCAUCUUAUAUAGAAUAUUGAUGGUGUUUAUUAAAGAAAAAUAUUUUUUUUGUCUUCACAUGAUGCCGGGUUAAUGCUAUCCGCGAACAGUUUGCCGAACUUUGGCGAAUUCGGUAUACAUUGUUGAUAUCAAUGGGGUUAACUAAAUCACACACAAAUAAUAUAAAAUACGCAAUGUUCAUGCAUUCGCGUCGGCAUCUGUCCCGAGUUCGACGAUAGUGUGAAGCCUAGGUACAUUAGAUAUCUAUUAAUGUAUAAAAAAAAACUAGUAACGACUGCUUUAAAGUUGUGGCUGAACUGGGCGAAACUGAAACUAUACCAGAUUGUAACGAAUUUCUGUCAGCUACUCCUAAAAUUGCAACAAAUCGAUUGAUUUUGGAUACGUAAAGCUGCGCAGGAUUAGCUACUAUUAGUGUACAUGCGAACUUGGGUCUACACCGCGACAAUAGUGACCAAUUCGCAAUCGAUUUCGUUGACUUGAUGUGUUGCCGACUGUACACAAAUGUCCGUAAUCUUUUUGUUGAUCUAUGAAUCUGACGCAGUAAAAGAACGGCAACUUCCUCGAGGAACCAAAAACUGCAAAUAUCUUUAUUGUAAACAUCAGACCGCCUAGGUCAUUCAGUGAGCUUGGGCAGUUAUAAAUAUGUAUUUAGUAGUGAUUUAAGACGUAUUGAAACUCGGCAAAAUAAAUAUAUAGAUUUAUUAUUAACAGAAUGUUUUUUCGGCAAUAUGUCUGGCAAAUUUUUUAUUUGUCUGCACCGGUUUAGGAAUGCAUUUGCAUUGAGCAAAUAUUCUUGAAAUAAAUAAUAUGCGGUAGCAUUUUUCCGAGAGCCCGGAAAUGGUAAAUAUACAAAUCUGUUUUUUCUAAGCAAUAUUUCUAAAAAGACGGCAUUAGAUAAAAUAAUUUAUAUUUUAUUAAGCAAUAUUUUUUAAUUUAUAUUAUACAGAAAACAGCAAAGACUGUAUAAACGGCAAAAUAAUAUAUUUUUAACAUAUAUUUUGUGACAAGUUGCACUUUUGUGUUCUGAAGUAAUAUUUUUUUAGCAAUAACUUGUGUCACCAUACAUAUAUCAAAUGUAACAAUGGUAACGCAUAUACUAAAAAAAAUAUUUAAUGUAAUACUUAGUUUUGGUGUUAUGGUACAAACAAACAUAUUUGGCAACUCAUAGACAGUUUCUUCAAAUACAAUUUUCAAAAAAGAAAUAGUAUUUUUAACUUCAAAUCCUGAUAAUACAUACAAUAUUCGCGCCAUUUUCAAUUUUCUAUCUGACAGUUUAAAACCACAGACUAAAAUAUAUUUGUCUAUGAUUUAGCGAAUCGGUAACAUUCGUUCGCACUAAGCAUUUUAAUUAGUUCUUCGAUCAAAGGAGAUUUUUAGAUUUGUUUAGUUUUAAGCGAAAUCUUGUUGAAUUUUUGUUUUUUAGGUAUAUUUUUGCUUUCGGCCACCUUCGUUUGAAGGUGCUAGCGUUUAGCAUACAUACUGUUUCCAACUCUGCAAUGAUUGUGUUCAAAUCGUAUUUUUUUUUGUAACGACAGUUAACAAAUUUAAAUCAAAGAUAAAUUAUGGAGAAAAAUUGAAUCAAUUUUGCCUAAUUCAGAAUGUUAGAUAUAGUUAUCGAUUGUACAAAUGUGAAUCCGAAGGAAAACAAUGUAUCAAUGAGAUUAUAUAAGAUUUCAUAGUAUAAAUGAUUAUAAUCUAUUUCAAUAUUGUCUUCAGUAGCUUGGGCGUCCAUAGACUUUGAACUACCUAUAGUUCCUAAGAUAAGUGUAAUUAUAUAAGUCGAGAAUAUUCAUAUAAGUAUGUUUCAAUAAAUACUUGAUAUACAAUUAUAAUUUUCACUGUAUAAUUAAAAAGGAACGUUCAUCUGGUGGAUGCUACGCAUUUUCACCUCGUACACCUAUCUCCGGUUGCUUCCUCAGCCGUUUAGUGUCAAAUCAAAAGGAUCUACACACGUUGGACGAACGAGACGGUAUCGAAGUAACUGUACUUCUGUACGUACUGACGUACUGAUGUACAGUCGGGGACAGAUAUACUUAAUAAGGUAGUCGACCUUUAAUUUUUUAAUUUUCUGUAUAUUUCUCUGCGCCCGGGGCUUCGCUCCCGUGGGAAUUUCGGGAUAAAAAGUACCCUAUGUGUUAUUCCAGGUUGUAUUCUACCCGUGUUCUACCAAAUUUCAUAAUAAUCCGUCCAGUAGAUUUUGCGUGAAAAAAUAACAAAUAUACACGUAUAUCUUUACAGACUUUCGCAUGUUUAAUAUUAGUAGAAUUUGCUUUAGUAAAUUAGGUAGGGGUCAAUAAUUCAGGUAAUUCGCUCUGAUUGGUAGGUACCAAUCAGAGCGAAUUACCUGAAUUAUAAUGACCCCUACCUAAUUUACUAAAGCAAAUCCUACUAAUAUUAAAUGCCAGGUGGUUAUAUAUACAGGAUUACCGGUAUCAAAGGCAAAACCUCCUAAAGACUACUUGAGUCAUACAUCAAAACAAGCAACUUUUAAUCUAAGACUUUUCGUGAUUCGUAGAUUUUUUUCAUAUUAAAAAAAAAACAAUCUAAUUUGCUAUUCUACACAUCUUAACUCUAUGCAAUAGCCAAGCAACACGAGACAGUACAGUAGCGUUAUGUAACGGAAUCGAACAUAGAGUUAACGUUUCAUAGAAACGACAUUAAAACUAAAAAAAGGAAACUUUUUGUAUUUAUUAUGUUUAGACAAAAGUCGUAGAACAAAAGAUGUUAGUCUCUAUGUACCUUUGCGCCUUUGGAAGGUUAUGCGUUAGAUACCAGUAACCCUGUAUAUAGGAUAUCCAUGGCUACUCAAAGAGGAAAUAUGGCCAGUGUGAUGGGAACCUUUAAACAGGGUGGGUACUAUCGAAGGUGUUAUUGUAUAUUUAAAAAAAUAAAAAUAAAGGGGCUUUAGGUGUAUCUGCCCUGACAACACAAAUAAAUUUACUUCGAUUCAUCAAGAUUGUCAUGAGGUUUAUACUACACUUUCAAAGCUGAAUAUUCUGCUCUUUGUAUAUAAAUAAGUUUUAACAUACUGUAUGUGGCCGUCCAAAUCAAAAGGGACUUCAUGGCGGCUUGCGCUUAGGGUCAUUAUUGCCGUUGUUCGAAUACAAAACAACGGCAAUAAUGGCCUAAGUGCCGGACGCCAUAAGGUCCCUUUUGAUUUGGACGGCCACAUAUAAUCGCACUUUGUUCCUGCAUUUUAUUACUACUAUUAAGUAAGCAAAUCUAAUCCAUAUCAAAAUAAGGGGAUAAAAAAUAGUGUAUAAAAUACACAUAUUUUUAUGUAAGUAGAUAAAACUAUAAAUAAUUGUGCAGAAAUAAAGUAAGAAUUUGGAAUUAUUUUCAGAUAAUAUAUUUUAUUGAACAGGAAAAUUGUAUUGUAAUAUCUGAAAAUUUACAUUCACAUAAUUUAUAUCAUUGCUAACUUAGGGUGAGUUGCACCAGUCAAUUUGAUGUCAGCUUAAACAUGCUCAGAAAAACGAAUUCAGAGUGUCAUUUAAACGACAGCGGUGCACAGGUUGAAGUUAAUGUCAAAGCUGACUGGUGCAACCCGCUCUUGUCUAUUUUAGCACCUUCGACUAUUUCUCACACCACUUAAAAUAUUGCUAUAGAAAUGGCAAUAAUCUCACCCAGUUAUUCAUAAAAAUGUUAAGUCAUACUGCUAAAAUAUGUUUUGUCUCUUUCUGUCAAUGUCAAAUAUUGUAAAGUGUGAUAAUGAUAAAACAAAGUUUAACUUUUUUUUUUGAAUAACGUGGCUAAACUUUUGCUACAUUUUGUUGUGCUAAAACCCAAAUGCUUCUCACUAUGGAUUGCCCAAAUGUGCACAAUUAGAUUUCCUCCUUCUAUACAGUUUACUGUAAUUAAGCUAUCAUGUUGUAUGACAACAUUGUAUAAAGUGAAUAAUUCACUUUAUUAGGAGUAACGACAAGUGAUAGAAAACUAAUGUGACUACUAUAUUUAUUGAUAUUGUACAUUUUUGUGUUAAAUAAAUCGAAUAAAAUUGU